CCGCGCCGGGCGGGCCCAGCUGCUGAGAAAAAUCGGCCGGAGGGGGUGUCUCUUUUCAGUGCACCGCAGGGAAACAGCUGCAGGAAGAAAGAUCGGCCUGGCUGCUCCGCACCACAAGGCGUAGCAGAACAGCAGAGAUAAGUAGAGAGGAUAGAACAGUGAGAGGGCAUUCCGGUGCAGUCUUGCCCCUCGUGGUAAAAAAUCGCCGUUGUAGUCUCCUUUGCCUGCGGGGCUUAGCCGAGGGACUUCCGAUCCGUCUAUCCAUGUCCACCUCGAUCUCUGCAUGUCUGCAAUUCUCCUUGUAGCCUCAAGUGUCGUUGCUUUUUGCACAGGUCCGUCAUGUCCUUUUAGCGGUCCCAAUACCUUUCAAAGCCAUCAUCACUCAAAGCCCUCCUCCAAAUCCUCCCACGAUUUCAAGCGCAGGAUUCUGCCGAUCAGCCAUCUUCGCCGUCAUAUGUGAAGUAAACAAAGAUCAGCGUGGCGGGAGUCCGGCAUCGCUUGCUCCGCUGGAGUACAUAGAAGGGAGGGGGAGAGAGAGAGAGAGAGAGAGAGAGAGAGAGAGAGAGAGAGAGAGAGAGAGAGAGCAGAAAUCAGUGUGGGAGGAGUCCGGCAUCGCUUGCUACGCUGGAGUACAUCGAAGAGAGAGAGAGAGAGAGAGCGAGUAGCAUGAGGAGUCCCUCAACGGCAGCAGGAGAGGCAACGAUGAGUUCUAUGAAGUCAAACCGAGAACUGUCCUACUCUUACGUGCUCAUGGUUCAGCAUUUGAUCGAGCGAUGCCUUGUGAUGUAUAUGGAUCGGGAGGAGUGUGUGCGGGCACUAGCCAAACACGCGCGCAUUAAGCCCGUCGUGACAGCGACAGUGUGGAGAGAGCUGGAGAAAGAGAACAAAGAAUUUUUCGAGGCGUACACGCGGCAGCGAAUCGAGUACCAAUCGAAAGCGUUAUCGUGUAUGCUGGAGAAGGCUACAGCGAAGUUAUGCGCUCAGAAGUUGGAUGACUACACCCCAGGCACUUCUACUCUCUCGCUACAGCUUCGCGGUUCAGCGGCUUUGCGAGAGCUGAGCGCGGAAUUGUCAUCGGCGGGAGGGAAGGAGUACGGCAGUGGACGUUGAUAAACAUGCCGCAUGCAUCGGUCGCCCUCUUCUUCCAUCCUCCUCGUUGUUCUGUUCACGCGGGGGCAUUGUCCGUCUGUAUUCGUUCCAGGAAAGCGCCCCGCUGGUGAUUGGUGGGGUCGGUGGAGGCGGUCGCCCGUUUUUUCUGUUGGAUCUUGGACUGGAGGCAUGGAUACCGGGUAGAUGCCCGAUCGAGCAAUUGAUAUCACUCGCUUACAGUGACUUACUCUCUCACUCACUCAAUCGAUCAGUUAUACCCCGCCUGUGGGUAAAUCUGUCAAUCCGCCAUUCCAAUGUGUAUGUUGCCCGGUCUUCAGGACCAGAGCAGCAGCCGACAACGGCGAACAUCGUCAAGCGAGCUAGCGAACGAUUCGCCUGGGAGUGAGCUUCUUGUAAAUAUGAAGUCUAGAGGAUGAGCCGCUCUGAACGAGCGUGAUUGAUAUUCAUUAAUCAUCCGGGCGCUUUGCCGAGGACACUUCUCGAGGACUUCACGUCUGAACGCGGCCUCAAGCAACGGACAACAGUGAUAACGAUUUCUCUCUCGACGUUAUAGUCAGCCAGCUGCGGAGCUCGCUUUCAGCUCGCUUGCCCCUAUCUAUCAGCGGACAACAGUGAUAACGGUUUCUGUCUCGACGUUAGACGAGGUAGUUGAGCCGCCGAUGCUCUUUUCUUUACAGUUUAGAAUAUAGAGGAGAAUGCCUCUUUGCGCUGAGGAACGCUGUGUCACUCUUCCUUGUGAUCUGGCGUCCAUCUGGCUCUCGCUCUUUUCUCGGUACCAGCGGGGUAUAGCUGUACACUCAGUCGAGAACUGAAAUUGUGCUGAAAUACCGUUCGGUAGCCGGGCUACUGGACGACGACGACCGUUGGAGGCGUUCUCCUUCGGUUUUUGGAAGAUAUUUAUUACUGCUAUUGGCCGUCCUAUCCGCAGCUGAAAAAUAUAACAGGAGUGGGGAACGGGUGGAGGACCGGUGGUUUCUAUAGUCGACUACCCCUCUGCCCCUCUCCCCCCCCUCCUUCCCAAAACUUGGCCGCCCUGUGUGACAAACAGAUUAUCACGAGCACGAUCGGUCAUGACCUUUCGUUUCUGGCUUGUGUGUCACGGGCAGCCUCAGUCACUCGGGAAAAUACAUCGGAAAGAGUGCUCCGUUCGAGAUAUUCGACGUUGCUGCACACAAUAAAGACCUGUACAUUCAAUGUGGUUAACGCGCCGCCGCCUUCUGCUGCGCGGUCAUUCUUUUUCUUGUCGACGGUUUUCUACUGGCGGGGUCUUUUCCACAUCGACGAAUCUACCAUCGAUAGCCUGUUCGCACGUUGGUUCGUCCGUUCAAUUUCUUCGGUUCCACGAAGAUCUACUUUUUGCAGUGGGAAGAUUCUGCUUGUCCUUUCGAUGGACAACAUUGGUCGGUCGGCAACGCUGAUCUCUAUUUUUUUUUCCCCCUUUACUUUUCGUGGGUUGUCUGGAAUUGUAGCGCACAGACAGCUCCAGGAUGAAACACUUGUGCAUUGGAAGAGCCUUAGGAAGUUAGGACGGAACCUUAAAAUUAAUUAUUCUAGGAGGUCAGAGAUAUGACGAGGAGGUGCAGCGAUCGGUAGUCGAAGCUGGAUCGAGAACCUCAUCUUUGAUUCUCCAUUGUUUUAUUCGUCUCUCACCGGCAUCCACUCUGCGUCACCGGUCCGCCCCCCCCCCUCCCCCCUUCCCUUCUCUCCGUCGUGCCACAUGGUGUGCGAUGCCGCAAUACGCAGCUUCGCACGGUGCAUCCCACCUACCCCACACUCCAUCCCUCCCUUUCACAAGGAUAACGCCCACAAGCGCCACGUGCGCUUUGAUAUUCAACCAGAAUCAGACAAGUACCACCUGAAUUUCCGCACUGUUCGCAAGUGGCGGAAGGGUUGGUUAUAAAAUUACAGAAGGGAAUUGUCGGUAGGACUAUAUUCAUUAAGUGUCGAGAUUUAAUCCGGUUGGCAUCCCGGUUAUUGAUUGGACGAGGCUCUGCCCAGGGCAAACAAGCUUGCGUUGGGGACCACAUGCGCUUUUUGUUCUGUUCUAGCAACUCGCUCUAUAAAGAAACAUUGCAUC